UCCCCCGCCCAUUGGUCGCGCCGCCCCUUAAGUCUGCGGCGAUUGGCUGCGGCGGCCCCGGCCCGGUAUCCGGGUAAGAUGGCCGCAGUCGGCGAGUGCUCGCUCCCCGCUCCGUGGCGGCCGCUCUCCCUCACCCACGUCGAGUACCCGGCAGGUGAUUUCUCGGGUCAGCUUUUAGCUUAUUUGAGCCUCGGUCCGAUAUUCAUCAUUGUUGGCUUUGUAACGCUCAUCAUAUUCAAGAGGGAGCUUCACACGAUCUCGUUCUUGGGAGGGCUGGCAUUCAACGAGGGAGUGAACUGGUUAAUAAAAAACGUUAUCCGGGAGCCACGGCCUUGUGAAGAAGCCCAUUCAACAGUGACCACAAAAUAUGGGAUGCCGUCCAGCCACUCCCAGUUCAUGUGGUUUUUCUCAGUCUAUUCAUUUCUGUUCCUUUAUUUAAGAAUGCACCAAACAAACAAUGCGAGGUUUCUGGAUUUACUAUGGCGACAUGUGCUGUCCAUCUGCCUCGUCACAGUGGCUUUGCUAGUCUCAUAUAGUAGGGUUUAUUUGCUUUACCACACCUGGAGCCAAGUCUUAUACGGAGGUGUGGCAGGAAGCAUUAUGGCCAUAGCCUGGUUUGCCUUCACACAGGAGAUACUAACUCCUCUCUUCCCAAGGAUAGCUGCGUGGCCAAUUUCAGAGUUCUUUUUAAUCCGAGACACCAGCCUCAUUCCUAACAUCCUGUGGUUUGAAUAUACAGUCACAAGAGCAGAGGCGAGAAACAGACAGCGCAAGCUGGGGACGAAGCUCCAGUGACUCAGGAGGCGUGGGGACCAGCGCGCGCGUUUUGAUGGAGACAGACAAGAGCAGAGACCUGGGAGCAGCAAGGAGCCUUUUAACAGAUGGACCAAAGGAACAGGCAGGGACCAUACCCAAAACCUGAAAGCCUUUGCUCUGCUUUAGCAGCUAGCUGGAUGCUCCCUGAUGCAUGUGGGACCGUGCAGGAGUAGAAACUCAUUUUCAACACAGAUGCACAUUGCCGGUUGGAAUGUACCAUCAUGUCUACGUCAGGGGAGGGGGGAGACAAUGUCUGGUGUCAUGUUUGGGGGAGGGAAAACCAAAAAUGAAUCGUUUCUGUGACUUUUUUCUUUUUAUUUUUUUUUUCUUCAGCAUGAAAUAUACACACUAUUUAUUUUUUUAACCGGAGCUAUUGUUUUUGGGGUGGGUGAGGCCUUGUGUGUUCUGUUCUGCUUUUUGUUUGGGUUUUUCUUUUUGGAAGAAGAUGACAAAACUAAUCUCCAGUUGAUCAUGCUUAAUUAGGGCUUCUAGUUUUGAAAAAUUCCUCAAGAGGGGAGGGGAACUAAGAUGGUGUAACGUAGGUAGAAGGGAGAGGAAGGUUUUCUUUCCUUUCUGCCACCAGUUUGGGAGAUCCAGUUCAAUUCCAACUGCACUUUGUAUAGAUAGAAAGAAAGCACUAAAGAUUUGAUUUUUAACACUAGUGAUGGUUCUGGGGGGAAGCCUGCACGGAUUCCAUUAAGGGGAGUGUGUGUGUAAAAAAUAACAACAAAGGAAAACCGAAAUACACUGAUAUAUAUAUUUAUAUAUAUAUAUAUUUCCACUGCUGCUCCUGGAGUGUAAUUAGCAAGGCUGUCUUUCUCAGAAUCUCUUCUAGGUGGCAAGAUUACCAUACAUAUCUCAUGUUUAUUUCAUCUCUUCCUUUAUUCUUUUAUUACCUCAGGGUUGCUGGGAUCUGUACAGCUUCUGUUGUUGUACUUGGUGUGCUACCGAUGGCGCUAGAAGGCCCAUUGGUCAUAAGCAAUGCUAUGCUCCAAUAAGUCAGCCCAAAGCCUUACGAAAUUCAGUUGCUAGUCUCUGUCUUAAGCACUGGAUUUUAAUUUUAUUUUUAUUUUUGUUAAAGCUUAAGGGAGGGAUUUUUUUAAAGAACGAACAAAGCGACAACCACAAAGAAAUAAUAAGGUGAACAACUAAUAACUAGCUCAGUUGCUGUUUGAAUUUUCUGAAGUCUUGUUAGAGUCCAGGUGUGAACUCAGUAGCGGGCUUAUCUUAGCAGAUACUCCUACCAGUUGUUGCAGGGGAUUGUUUGGGGUUCUGCAGGCAUAAUCUCGAGUGCCAAACUCCUGCAAGCAAGUUUUGCUUUCCAUCCUUCUUCCAUUUUGAUUCCUCGUUUGGCCAGUCAGCUCUCUGGAUGCUGUGUCUCUGUGGGAGUGUGCCUGCCAUCUGUGUGUGCUCCAACUUCAGUGAUCCAUGAGUUAACCUGGCAAGGGCUAUACUCAACGUGCUUCAGGGCUGUGCAUGGACACUUUCUGUAUUUCUAGUAUAUAAUGCAGCAGUUCAAGUGUAACUACGGAGAAAUAUUUAUUCAAAGCACAAUUGACUUGAACUUUCACAGAUAAAGGACAGCUUCUGAACUGGCUCAAAGGUCAUCGGUGUGCCUUCGAUGCAGCCAUGUGAGCAGAGGUAAAAUGACUGUCACAUCUCAGUCUUGCUGCCUGUUUUACUAUCUUCACUUUAAACAGACUCCUGCAUUAUAAAGCUGCUUGAAGUGAGAUGUAUUUCUGUUCACCUUGAUUUUGAUAUUUAUUUAUUUUUUAAGUUUUCAUCUGUGCCUGUUGCCAUAGGAAUUUGUGUGUUCAUACGGAGUGGGAGUUGGCUGCUGUAGAAAGUGCUGGACAACCAGAGUAUUAACUGUAGAAAGUAGUGACCCUGAUCUAGGAGAUCAGGAAUUAAGCUGUUUGAGCUUGUGUGUUCAGGUAGCUUUGCAUAGUAAACUGUUUUUUCACUUGCAUCAAACCAGAUUUAAGAACCGUUUAGGUUUGUGUUGUUUUUUUCCAUAACAUCAGCAGUCCUGUUUCUGUUAACAUCUGAAGGACCUGAGCACUGGAUCUGCUUUGAAGGUGUAUCAGAAUAAAGAGGCACCUUACAGCUUU